GGAUACGUCAUUGGGCCUAAUCUAGGAAGUAGAGAAACAUCAACAAUCCGGAGGGCAAGGACUAGCCUAGACUGAAGAUAGAAUUUAUUAGGAUAAACUAACCAAUUUGCUUUAGUUUUGUUGGAUACUUCUAUAUUAAAGGGUAGUUUUAAUAUCUUAGAAAUGUCAUUGUUUGGUAAGAUAUUUGGUGGAGGAGGUAAAGGAGGAAAGGGACCCAGUCCGCAAGAGGCGAUCCAGAAACUCCGAGAGACGGAGGAGAUGCUAACGAAGAAACAAGAGUUUUUAGAGAAAAAGAUUGACCAGGAACUACAAAUUGCCAAGAAAAAUGGAACGAAAAACAAGAGAGCGGCUCUUCAGGCUUUGAAAAGAAAGAAGCGGUACGAAAAGCAGCUCGCCCAGAUCGACGGCACGCUCUCCACCAUCGAGUUCCAGAGGGAGGCUCUGGAGAACGCCAACACAAACACAGAAGUGCUCAAAAACAUGGGCUUUGCUGCCAAGGCCAUGAAGUCUGCACAUGAAAACAUGGACAUCGACAAAGUUGAUGACCUGAUGCAGGACAUUACAGAGCAGCAGGAGCUGGCUCAGGAGAUCUCUGACGCCAUCUCUAAACCUGUAGGUUUUGGAGAGGAGUUUGAUGAGGACGAGCUGUUGGCAGAGCUGGAUGAGCUGGAACAGGAAGACCUGGACGCAAGUCUUCUGAAGAUCGGAGGACCGGAGAACGUCCCUCUCCCCAACGUGCCUUCAACUUCAUUACCUUCCAGACCUGCCAGGAAAGAAGAAGACGAGGAUGACAUGGAGGACCUGCAGCGCUGGGCAAUGGAAGCUAUGUAACUACAGUGUACCGGCAUUGGAGAAAGAAGAAGAAGAAGCAGUUGUUGGAAAUAUUUGGACUGAUAAGAUGUUAAGUGUUUUUGUGUCUGAGGAGAGUUUGCUGUGUACUUCAUGUAACACUACAAAUAAGCAACAAUGCUGUAGUCCUCCUUUUCUCGUCCCUUAUUCAAGUCUAGGCUGGUGGUCGCUCAGAGCACACAAGCCAGGCGAGGUCGGUUUGUUUCAACUCCGUUGGUGUACCUUUUAAAAGCCACCUAGUUUGUUUUUGUUUUGCCUUCAAACCUAAAAUAUCUUAUUUAAAAAGUUAUGAUUUAUAUGUACCGUGCAGAACCGCGGCAGCAGGAUUCAAAAGGCUUGGGCUCUAUGCUGAGACGUGAUGUCGAAAACAUGACUGGAGGAUGAAGGAAAGAGUGGAAAAUAUUACCAGAACCUUUCUAAUUGCGAUAUUAAAGUUGCUGUACGGUUUAAGGGGGGAAAAAACUCAGCAUAAAGGAAGGAUGCAUGGGGUGAAGAAUAUCUACAGCUGUGUUGCUCUCUGCUUCGCUUCUUUCCACAACUUCAUCCACUUCUCUUCAAAAAGGCAUUCUCACCAACUGUAUUUGUAAUUUGGUGUAAAUAUCCCAAAUGUGUAUUUUUUAUGUACAGUAAUUCUGCUGCCAUUGAGAGGGUCAGGUGAGGGUAGUGUGAAGCAUGCAAGAAUGAGAAGUCACAAUACAAAUCACAUCGCACGGCUAGACAGAAUGAUGUUUAACCCCUUUAUCCUACUUUGUCUCAGUCCCUUUCUUAGGGGUUUCAUUUGAAAAUUGUAUAUUGUUUGACAAAGUAAUAAUAAUAAUAAACAACAUCACACCUUAUUAACUAUCCAGAGGAAAAUUGUGAUUCAUGAAAGCUCUGUCACUCUAAUGUUUGCAUUUUGGUGUUAAAGGAGUUGACUCGUUUGGUUUUUCAAUGUCAUGAUGUCUGUUUUUUACAUAGGAAAAAAAAGCAGAAUGCAGACAUACAGACAAGCAUGUUUGCCUUUCUUAACUUUAUCCAGAUGAUAAUAUUAUUUGCAAAUCAUUAAAAUGUUUCCACUUCUUUUACCAUA